AUGCACAGAGUUUGUAAGGUAAAGAACAUACCUGUGUUUGAGACGCCGACUGGCUGGAAGUUCUUUGGCAACCUCUUGGAUGCUGAGAUGGCCUCGGUGUGCGGAGAGGAGAGCUUUGGCACGGGCUCAAACCACAUUCGUGAAAAGGACGGUAUCUGGUCUUUCCUCUGCUGGGUCUCCAUCCUCGCCUCUCGUCAGGCUGAGGGCAAGUCAGCCAACGUUCGUGAUGUCUUGCGCCAGCAUUGGAGUAAAUAUGGGCGAGACUUUUUCACUCGCUACGACUAUGAGAACUGCACAGAGGAACAGGGUAAGCAGGUGAUGGAACGCGUGAAGUCCUUGCUUUCUGAUCCUGAAUUUGUUGGUCGCACCUACACUACCAAUUGCGGAACCUGCUUCAAGGUGCUCGGUAUCGACGACUUCUCUUACACUGAUCCAGUCGAUCAUUCUGUUUCCAAAAAUCAGGGCAUUCGCAUAAUGCUGAACAACGAGACGAGAAUUGUCUAUCGUAUGAGUGGAACCGGUAGCUCGGGAUCGACAAUUCGUAUCUACGUUAACACCUUCUCUGCCGAUCCAAAUACCCAUGAUCUUCCGGCUACAUUGGGCGCCGUGGUUAUUGAUGCUUGGGCAUUCGGAAACGGCCUAGCUUUCUUGAAAUGCAUCCUCGUUCAAGCCGAGGCUAGGGAUAGGAUGUGGUUAGUGAAAUUGCGAUUUCGCCUCUUGAUUAAGUUUGCUUAUCACUACCAACAAUGCAGCGCUCGGGUGAUCCUCUGUGGAUCCAUUGUCUUUGCCAUUGAAAGCAUUGUGGCAUUUAUGCAACAUGAAUGA